GUGAGAUAGAGAGAUCAUCUGAGCAAGUGGAAGGGAGUGUGUGAAAUUGCAGCUGGCGCUGAGAAAAAUUCUACUGAGCUUCUUCUACCUGCUGGCAGGAACAACAUGAGCUCCCAGUUUAACAAGGGCCCAGCCUAUGGCCUGUCUGCUGAAGUCAAGAACAAGCUGGCACAGAAAUAUGACCCCCAAAAGGAGACAGAAUUAAAGGUAUGGAUAGAAGAAGUGACAGGAAUGUCCAUUGGCCCAGACUUUCAGAAGGGAUUAAAAGAUGGCAUCAUUCUAUGCGAGCUUAUGAACAAAUUAAGACCAAACUCCAUCCCAAAAGUGAAUGUCUCCCGUCAGAACUGGCACCAGCUUGAGAAUCUCUCUAACUUCAUUAAAACAAUGGCUCUUUAUGGAAUGAAAUCGGUGGAUCUUUUUGAAGCCAAUGAUCUUUUUGAGAAUGGGAACAUGACUCAAGUUCAGGUGUCUUUGCUGGCACUUGCUGGUCUGGCAAAGACACAAGGUUUGCAAAGUGAAGUAGACAUUGGGGUUAAAUACUCAGAGAAAAAGGAGCGGAGUUUUGACGAGAAUACCAAGAAAGCAGGACACUGUGUAAUUGGGCUGCAGAUGGGUACAAAUAAAUGUGCCAGUCAGUCUGGCAUGACAGCAUAUGGCACAAGGAGGCAUCUGUAUGACCCCAAGAACACAAUCCUACCACCAAUGGACCAUUCCACUAUCAGUCUACAGAUGGGCAGCAACAAAGGAGCCAGCCAGGUGGGCAUGACGGCUCCUGGCACUCGGCGUCACAUCUAUGAUACCAAGUCUGGAACUGAGAAGUGUGACAAUUCAUCCAUGUCACUGCAGAUGGGAUACACCCAGGGAGCCAACCAGAGUGGUCAGAUAUUUGGGCUCGGCCGGCAGAUUUAUGACCCAAAAUACUGCCCCACGGGUAAUCGAGAUGAUCUGCCUCAUGAUGAAAAUGAGCAGGAACAAUACCAGCAGGAUUUUUGAACCCUUGUGUGGGGUGACUUUGCCAUAAGGACCAAUAAGAGCUACCUUAACAUUUGAAAAGGUGUACUAAAUUAGAAAAUGUUUCCCUUAUUUAUCCUCAGCUGCAUAAAAUAACUGGACUUCAUGUUAAAUAUUGCUUUAGAAUUUAUCAAGAUUCCUUUUUAGUGCAAAAGAAAAACUGUUGAAGAAAAUUAUCAGGGUGAAGGGUGUGGCAUUUUAUUCCAUAUUAUAUGCCUUUAAACUGCCAACAAGUGUAAUUUGCAGGCAUAAACUUCAGAAUUCCUUUUCUUCUGAUCUUCUGAAGAAGUGCCUUAUUACAUUUUAAACCACACAGCAAAUAAUACUGCUUUCAAGAUUCUGCAGCGUGGAAAGGUUUAAAGGUCUUUUAGAAACAGUUUUUUUCCAGCUCUCUGUCAUAAGGAUAAUUCAAAAAGAGAAACAUGCAGAGAGCCUAAGCUUUUUGUAUUUGUGUAACUGAUGAUAUUUGGGAUGAAAAGAGCAGGUCAUCUUGCCUUAAAUUCCUCUCUGUGUGGUGGUCUGCUCGAGAUGAAAUAACAUAGCAUUCUGUAGAUUACUAAACAAUAUGCAUCAUACUUUGCAGGUCAUUUCUAAAGUGAAUGGACCAAGCAUACUUUUUUAAAGUAUAUUCUGUACAGGAAUUAGCUUUUUAUUGUUUGUAUAUUUUAUUACAUUAUUUCUAAAGGACAAAAAGACCUCUUAUAACAUCAUUGUCUAAGAUGUGGAUUGGCUAUAUUGGAUACUCAUUUUUGGGGUUCUGUACCCCUCCUACAUAUGCUGAUAAUUACUCUUGCUGCUUUUUUUGACCCCAGGAACUUAAUUUAAACUGCCUGCUAUCUUUCCACAUGGGGAAGUACUAGGGGUCUGGACUUGCCUGAUACUCUGCACUAGAUGUGUAAUGUAAAGACAAGACAAUGUUCAUUGCAACUCAAAAGCCACUGUGUCGAGCUUUACCUCCUCUAGAACUGCACAUGCUGCCUUAAGUCUGUUACAAGUCUUUGUAAUUUAUUGUGACUUGUGUGUGCACAUGGAAGAAAUUCCAUCCUUUCAUUUCUGUAGCCCCUGCCAAAUUUUAGGCUAGAAAUGUAUUUGCCAUGAAAAUUCAUUAGCUUGUUCAAGAUAUUGAUAUCUUUAAAGGACCAAUGUAGAUUUUGUUACAUGUAUAAGGCAGUCUUAAUCUCUGAAAGUGAUUUUAUGUAAAGGAACAAACAUGUUAAGUUAACUUUUAGUGAUGUUAUUCUCAUUGACUAAAUUACCUCAUUUAUUGCAGGCAACCUGUCUACAGAACCAAAAUCUUGAUCAUUGUUUUGUGCUGUUUUGAAAUGUACUUGAUUCUAAAUUUGGGUUUGCCUUUUUUAUUUCUUUGUCUUUAUUAAAAAAAGUUGUUUUGUCAUGA